AUGUUUUGUGAAGAAAAUCACACGUAUUAUUGGAGUGGAGAUUAUCUUCGAAACUGUUAUCAUAUAACUGCACUUUUCUCUGUUCCAAUGUCUGUUUUACUGUUUUAUUGUAUUUUCUAUAAAACACCAAAAAGAAUGGAAUCAAUGAAACCAGCUUUGAUAAAUUUACAAUUUUGGUGAUUUUCACGAGUUCAACAAACAUUUUUUGAAUAAAAAUCAUAUUUUAGGACAACAAAUUUGGACUUUGUUCUCACAAUAUUUUCCUGCCCAUAUAUAUUUUUUCCAAGUGCAUCAGGUAGACCGCUUGGAAUAUUAUCGGAUUAUAUCAGUGUUAAAUGGCAAUCGUACUACGGUCAAUUGUCUGUUAUGUGUAUGUUUAGUUUCGAGAAUGAAAUAGUUUUGUUUUAAAUGAACUCUGCAGAUAUUGGUGUUGCUCUAAUUAUGUUAUAUGAAAAUAGGCAAAGUCAAAUAAUGACAAUAACUUUCAAGUUGAGUAAGAAGAGAACAAGGAUAAUAUAUUAUGCUGCAAAUUAUAUUGCAUUAUCAAUUAUAGUUCUACCGUUCUAUAUGACCGAGACAAAUCAAUCAGAAUUAAUUGAGAUGGUUCUGGAUAGAAUACCGUGUCCUUCUGUUGAAUUUUUCGAUAAUUCAACCUAUGUUUUGCUUCGAGGAGAUGAAAAAAUCCCAUUUUUCUCAAUUACAAUAUCUACAAGUCUUGUUGUUUUUCAAACAUUAUUUUUUGUUCUACAUUCUUUGUAUCAUCUAACAAUGAUCAAAAAUCACAAAGUUUCUAAAAAUACAAAAGAAAUGCAGAAGAAGUAUUUAGUUUGUGUAACAACUCAAUUUUCAAUUCCAUUACUAGUUAUUAUUUUUCCAAUAUGUUAUUCCUUAUAUUCUGAUCGUUUCAAUUAUUAUAAUCAAGGUUUUUUUUCAACAAUUUGAAUUUUUAAUUCUCCAAAUAUUUUUCAGCAUAUAAUAACAAUGCAAUGUUAAUGAUGGCAACACAUGGCUUUUUCUCAUCAUUUUCAGCUCUUUACAUAUAUAAACACUAUAGAGAUUUUUGUUUGCAACUUAUUUUUAGAAAGAAAAAUAGACGAAUAUCAGUAACCACUACGAAUAGAAUGAGUUUGGCGAGUAUAACAGGAUAG